AUGAUAGCAUUUGAAGACCUGGCCGUGUACUUUAGCUGGGAGGAAUGGCAGAACAUGAACAAUGCUCAGAAAAUCCUAUACAGAGAUGUGAUGCUGGAGACCUACAGCAGCCUCUUCUCUUUGGAGCAAGGAGAAGAGCCAUGGAUGGUGGACAAAUGCUUGAAUCAGAGCCUUUCAGGUCAGUCUGCAAAUAAGAGACAGGAGGCCAAAGCAGAAAGUGUGCAUAUGUUGACUGGUAGUCUUUCCAUGAAUUUUUCUCAAGCCUUACUCCUAAUGACAGCUGGUUUUGUGGAUCAGACACAGGCAUUUAGAGAUACCAUGGUCAUGAAAAGGGAUGACCUGGUUAGGAUCAACCAGGAAAGUCAGGACACAAAUCUGAAUCAGGAUUUUAUGAAAAAUAACAAGACAUCAGCUCACAAGAGAAUUGAAUUAAGAAAAACCCUUAGUUUAAAUUCAAGCCAUAUUCCAACACUGAUUAUUAAAAAGGGAAUCUAUUCAGGAUUGAAGCCUGAGGAAUGCAAUAAAUGUCACACUGUGUAUCCUCCCAGUGGGCCUGAUCAACUACAGGCUGGAGAGAAAUUUGAUACCACUACAAUACCUGGAAAAUCUCUCCAGUUCUUUGAGCCUCUUAAUCAGCAUGACAAUAUUCACAUCAUGAAGCAGCCAUUUGGACCCACUGGACAAGCAAAAGUCUUCACAAGAAAGAUGUUCUGGAAAUCUGAGAGGAGACUAAAUACAAGGGAAAAACUUUACACAUGUAACCCUUUUGGAAAAUCACUCAGUAUUAAUUCACCUUAUGAAUGUAAAGACUGUGGAAAAGCCUUUGGACAAAAGUCAGUCCUCAGGAAAUGUGAACAAAUUCACACAGCAGAGAAACCUCAUGAAUCUAGUGACUGUGGAAAAGCCUUUACACAAAGGUCAUACCUCAUAAACCAUCAGCGAAUUCACACAGGGGAGAAACUUUAUAAAUGCCUUCAUUGUGGAAGAGGCUUUCUGUGGAAGUCAGUCCUCAUCGUACACCAGAGAAUUCACACAGGGGAGAAACCUCAUGAAUGUAAUGACUGUGGAAAAGCCUUUGGACAAAAGUCAGACCUCAUCAUACACCAGCAAAUUCACACAGGGGAUAACCCUCAUGAAUGUAAUGACUGUGGAAAAGCAUUUGGACACAAGUCACACCUCAUCAUAUAUCAGCGAAUUCACAGAGAGGAGAAACUUCAUAAAUGUAAUGACUGUGGAAAAGCCUUUGGAAGAAAGUCAUACCUCAUAUUACACCAGAGAAUUUAUACAGGGGAGAAACCUCAUGAAUGUAAUGACUGUGGAAAAGCCUUUGGAAGAAAGUCACAGCUCCUCAUACAUCAGCGAAUUCACACAGGGGAGAAAGCUCAUAAAUGUAAUGACUGUGGAAAAGCAUUUGGACACAAGUCACACCUCAUCAUACACCAGCAAAUUCACACAGGGGAGAAACCUCAUGAAUGUAAUGACUGUGGAAAAGCAUUUGGACACAAGUCACACCUCAUCAUACACCAGCAAAUUCACACAGGGGAGAAACCUCAUGAAUGUAAUGACUGUGGAAAAGCAUUUGGACACAAGUCAAACCUCAUGAACCAUCAGCAAAUUCACACAGGGGAGAAACCUCAUGAAUGUAAUGACUGUGGAAAAGCAUUUGGACAAAAAUCAGACCUCAUAAAACAUCAGCGAAUUCACACAGGGGAGAAACCUCAUGAAUGUAAUGACUGUGGAAAAGCCUUUGGACACAAGUCACACCUCAUAAAACAUCAGCGAAUUCACACAGGGGAGAAACCUCAUAAAUGUAAUGACUGUGGAAAAGCAUUUGGACAAAAGUCACACCUCAUCAUACACCAGCGAAUUCACACAGGGCAGAAACCUCAUGAAUGUAAUGACUGUGGAAAAGCCUUUGGACAAAAGUCAGGCCUCAUCGUACACCAGAGAAUUCACACAGGGCAGAAACCUCAUAAAUGUAAUGACUGUGGAAAAGCCUUUGCACGAAAGUCAGACCUCAUCGUACACCAGCGAAUUCACACAGGGCAGAAACCUCAUGAAUGUAAUGACUGUGGAAAAGCCUUUGGAUACAAGUCAGCCCUCCUCAUACAUCAGCGAAUUCACACAGGGGAGAAACCUCAUGAAUGUAAUGACUGUGGAAAAGCCUUUGGAUGCAAGUCAAACCUCAUGAAACAUCAGCGAAUUCACACAGGGGAGAAACCUCAUAAAUGUAAUGACUGUGGAAAAGCAUUUGGACACAAGUCACACCUCAUCAUACACCAGCAAAUUCACACAGGGGAGAAACCUCAUGAAUGUAAUGACUGUGGAAAAGCAUUUGGACACAAGUCAAACCUCAUGAAACAUCAGCGAAUUCACACAGGGGAGAAACCUCAUAAAUGUAAUGACUGUGGAAAAGCAUUUGGAAGAAAGUCACACCUCAUCAUACACCAGAGAAUUCACACAGGGGAGAAACCUCAUGAAUGUAAUGACUGUGGAAAAGCCUUUGGACAAAAAUCAGACCUCAUAAAACAUCAGCGAAUUCACACAGGGGAGAAACCUCAUGAAUGUAAUGACUGUGGAAAAGCCUUUGGACAAAAAUCAGACCUCAUAAAACAUCAGCGAAUUCACACAGGGGAGAAACCUCAUGAAUGUAAUGACUGUGGAAAAGCCUUUGGACACAAGUCACACCUCAUCAUACACCAGCGAAUUCACACAGGGCAGAAACCUCAUGAAUGUAAUGACUGUGGAAAAGCCUUUGGACAAAAGUCAGGCCUCAUCGUACACCAGAGAAUUCACACAGGGCAGAAACCUCAUAAAUGUAAUGACUGUGGAAAAGCCUUUGGACAAAAGUCAGACCUCAUAAACCAUCAGCGAAUUCACACAGGGGAGAAACCUCAUAAAUGUAAUGACUGUGGAAAAGCCUUUGGACAAAAGUCAGGCCUCAUCGUACACCAGAGAAUUCACACAGGGCAGAAAACUCAUGAAUGUAAUGACUGUGGAAAAGCCUUUGGACAAAAGUCAGGCCUCAUCGUACACCAGAGAAUUCACACAGGGCAGAAACCUCAUAAAUGUAAUGACUGUGGAAAAGCCUUUGCACGAAAGUCAGACCUCAUCGUACACCAGCGAAUUCACACAGGGCAGAAACCUCAUGAAUGUAAUGACUGUGGAAAAGCCUUUGGAUACAAGUCAGCCCUCCUCAUACACCAGCAAAUUCACACAGGGGAGAAACCUCAUGAAUGUAAUGACUGUGGAAAAGCAUUUGGACACAAGUCAAACCUCAUGAAACAUCAGCGAAUUCACACAGGGGAGAAACCUCAUAAAUGUAAUGACUGUGGAAAAGCAUUUGGAAGAAAGUCACACCUCAUCAUACACCAGAGAAUUCACACAGGGGAGAAACCUCAUGAAUGUAAUGACUGUGGAAAAGCCUUUGGACAAAAAUCAGACCUCAUAAAACAUCAGCGAAUUCACACAGGGGAGAAACCUCAUGAAUGUAAUGACUGUGGAAAAGCCUUUGGACAAAAAUCAGACCUCAUAAAACAUCAGCGAAUUCACACAGGGGAGAAACCUCAUGAAUGUAAUGACUGUGGAAAAGCCUUUGGACACAAGUCACACCUCAUCAUACACCAGCGAAUUCACACAGGGCAGAAACCUCAUGAAUGUAAUGACUGUGGAAAAGCCUUUGGACAAAAGUCAGGCCUCAUCGUACACCAGAGAAUUCACACAGGGCAGAAACCUCAUAAAUGUAAUGACUGUGGAAAAGCCUUUGGACAAAAGUCAGACCUCAUAAACCAUCAGCGAAUUCACACAGGGGAGAAACCUCAUAAAUGUAAUGACUGUGGAAAAGCCUUUGGACAAAAGUCAGGCCUCAUCGUACACCAGAGAAUUCACACAGGGCAGAAAACUCAUGAAUGUAAUGACUGUGGAAAAGCCUUUGGACAAAAGUCAGGCCUCAUCGUACACCAGAGAAUUCACACAGGGCAGAAACCUCAUAAAUGUAAUGACUGUGGAAAAGCCUUUGGACAAAAGUCAGACCUCAUAAACCAUCAGCGAAUUCACACAGGGGAGAAACCUCAUAAAUGUAAUGACUGUGGAAAAGCAUUUGGAAGAAAGUCAGACCUCAUAAACCAUCAGCGAAUUCACACAGGGGAGAAACCUCAUGAAUGUAAUGACUGUGGAAAAGCCUUUGGAAGAAAGUCACAGCUCCUCAUACAUCAGCGAAUUCACACAGGGGAGAAACCUCAUAAAUGUAAUGACUGUGGAAAAGCAUUUGGAAGAAAGUCAGACCUCAUAAACCAUCAGCGAAUUCACACAGGGGAGAAACCUCAUGAAUGUAAUGACUGUGAAAAAGCCUUUGGAAGAAAGUCACAGCUCCUCAUACAUCAGCGAAUUCACACAGGGGAGAAACCUCAUGAAUGUAAUGACUGUGGAAAAGCCUUUGGAAGAAAGUCACAGCUCCUCAUACAUCAGCGAAUUCACACAGGGCAGAAACCUCAUGAAUGUAAUGACUAAACCUCAUAAAUGUAAUACUGUGGAUAAGCAUUUGGAAGAAAGUCACACCUCAUAUCAUACUGGAGAAUUCACACAGGGGAGAAACCCCAUGAAAGUAAUGACCAAGGGAAAGCCUCUGGAUAAAAGUCAAUCCUUUAGAAACAUCAGAGAAUUCACACAGGGCAGAAACCUCAUGAAUGUAAUGACUGUGGAAAAGCCUUUGGACAAAAGUCAGACCUCAUCAUACACCAGCAAAUUCACACAGGGUGGAAACCUCAUGAAUGUAAUGACUGUGGA